CUUAGUUUCUAUGUCUAAAAUGAAGGUUAACAAUGGUUAGUAGGGUUGUUGGGGAGGGUCAUAUAUGCCAUGAGAGCACUUUUAUGGUUGAAGUGCCAGAUAUUUUUCAUCCACUUGGUCAGGCAGUGAGUGCUAGGUCCAGGCCUCAAUUUCUCACUAUUGAUCUGAUCUUUUCCAGCUCUAAAAUGGUUCUAGAAUUAGCCAGUUCCCUCCCUUCUGUGUCCUGGUUUAGGACCCUUUUUUUUCACAGGGAUCUCUGGCAGCAGGGGAAGAGGUAGAGGUUGAGGCCUUCCAUCAGAGAUCCAGACCUGGCGUGAAAAAAAUAGCUCCUUGGAACUGAUCAGAAAACUUGAGUCUGGAAAGAUGAAGGUUCCAGAGGAAGGGGCUAGGGCCACAGGGAGCAUCUCAUCCCCCUGAAGAGCCCUUGGUAGAACAUAUCCCUACAAUCCCUGAACCCACCAUCUCUCCUUGCUGUUCAGAAAGUCAGAGCCUUGCACUGGCUAACCCACUUGCACACCUGGGUAGGUGCUCAUGCUCCCAUCUCUGCAAGGUGGGAACUGCUGCCCUGGACUGGAACUUGGGCGAAGUCCAAAGAAGGGGUUUUGGAGCCUGGUAAACGUCACCCUGAGGGCUGGUAGUGUGUUCCUGUAUCCCUGGGGCUUAGUGCUGUGCACCCGUUGUACUAUAAUAACACUUCUAGUCUCUACAACUGAGGCACUCUUCAGAGCUAGGGGGACAGGUAACAGCAGGGGCUAUGGGCUUCCUUAGCAUGCUAGACAUAGAGGGCCAUGAGCACAGCAGGGAAGACCCUUUCCAGGGUUGGAAACAUCUGCCUUGUCCAGAGGCCCUGCCUAAUUACCUGGGCACCAGGACAUAUUCUGGACCCAGUGAAAAUGGGACAUCCAACCUGGCACCCUAGAAAAGUCCCUCAACUACUUCAGACACUGAGAAGGCUCACAGUUGGGCCCUUGAGUUGGGAGGUUCACAUCCACAAAACCCUCCAUAUAUAUUCCCGUCCUCCCUGUUGUCUGGGGCCAAGAAAGACGUCUAUUUCACUGCUCAACAAUUUUCACUUUUUCUGCCCAACUUCUGAAAACCAACAGAAGAUCGUGAAGAAAUGUGAUUAUUAAUAGAUCCAAAGGACCAUAUUUUCUAGAUGUUUUCAAGAUCUGAAGGAGUUCCCUAGUGGUACAGAGGGUUAAGGAUCCCUAGCCUGGGAACUUCUAUAUGCUGCAGGUACAGCCAAAAAUAUAUCUAUCUGUAUAUCUGAAGCAUCAGUGGUGAUCCUAGCAGCCAUCUUGAAGGACAAUCAGAGCCAGUAGGUUUCCUGGAUUGUGAGCUAAUACCUCCCCACCCCACCCCCUGCUUGUACUGCUGCCAAUAAGGUUUGUGACCCUGGUAAGUCUUUUUCCUUGCCAGGUCUGUUUCCUCAUCUGUGUAAGGAGUUGGCCUAGAUCAGAGAUAGCAAAUGUGCCUUAGUUAAUACUUAUUUAGUAUAACAAAAUCAUUUUGAAAUUUAGUAACUUUAAUGAACAUCCAUUUAGCUUCUGGUUCUGUGGCUUGGCAGUUUUGGCUGUGCCCAGCUGGGUGGUUCAUCUGUGCCCUUAUGUGGCUGAAGUGAGCUGGAAGCUGGUUGGGCCUAGAUAACCACCCACCUGUCAAGUAGUUGGGCAGUGGGGCCAGCUGGGCCACAUGCUCCUAGCAUCUAGCAGGCAAGGCAGGGUAAGCAGGUGCCCUUCAAGCUCAUGUUUGUAUCAUGCUUGUAAGGUUCUGUUGGCCAAAGCAGAUUAUAUGGCUAAGCCCAUAAUUCCUCUUAUGGCUAUAAUUUAUCUCAAGCCUCAUUUCACUUUCCAAUUCAGAACAUUUAGUAGCAACUGCUGGAGUGCUUUUUGAGGAUUUGGAGCAGUUUUUAGACUGUUAGAAAAUAGUUACAUGAUAUUUUGGUCAUGUUGUUUAUGGGGAAGGAAUUGAAAUGUGGGUAUGAGAGUCAUACCCUGGCCAGGUCAUAACAAGGACAUUAUAUGCUAUGCAGUGGGCCAUCUGAUGAGACCACAAAAAUACAGAAGGUAGAGUAGGGCAAAAGAUUCUAAGUCAGGUGUCCUGGGUUUGAAUCCCAGCUGGGCCAUUGAUCGCCUUUGGGAAAUCAAAAUCUCUACCUGUGGACACAUUGUUCAUAAUAAAAUUAUUCCAUAAUAAUAAACCACUUCCUGAAUAUCUGCUGUGUAAAAGGCACAUUAUACACACACUUAGUUGAUCUCCACAACCACCCUUUUAGGUGGAUAUAGUGUGAACUUUCAGUUACAAUUUAUAGAAAUUGAACUCAAUCCUGCUUAAGCAGGAGGAAGUUUACUGUUUCACAAAUUUAAAAGCCCAGGGAUAGAUUUUCAGACCCCAUGGGACCUGGGGUUCAAGAGUUGCCAUCAAGACUGUUUAUCUAUUCCUCAGCUCGGCUUCUCAGACAGGUUCUAAGUGGUGGCAGAGCAUGGCCACAGGGCGUGAAGCAUGGAGGACAGAAUCCCCAAAAGGAAAAUAUGAGUUCUAUGGCUGGAAGAAAGGAGGCUUGUGCUGACAAAAAUAGGUCUUUAUUGUGUACUAUGACCAUGUUACAGAUUUUACAAGGGUAGAGGUUCUAGAACAUGGCCCCAUGAACUGGUGGUAUCUAUAUCCUCUCCCCUUUAUCUGGACUCUGUUUUAUUAGUAGAAUAUGGUGAUGGUGAUGCUAUGGCAGACUCCCAGUCCUGUUUUUAAAGAACUAGCAUUUUCCACUUUUGUGUUUGGAGACCCAGCCACCAUGCUGUGAAGAAGCCCAGGCCACAUGAAGAGGUCAUGUGUACAUGUAUGUUCCAGCUGACAGCCAGUAUCAACUGUCAGACACAAGGAAGCCUUCAAGAUGACUCCAGCCUAGCCACUAUCUGGAGAACCAACUACAGAAGCCAAAUUAUGAAGUCCACAAAAAAUAUUGAGAAAUCCCGAACAGCCUACUGGAAUCUUCACUGUGAUCCAUUCUUGAUGCUCAGCACCACCCAGAUCUCCAGCUUCCCAGUAGCCUCCCAGGAUGGAUGUCACUCGCCUCCUCUUAGCUACCCUACUGGUAUGCCUGUGCUUCUUCACUGCCUCCAGCCACCUGGCACCUGAGGAAAAGUCCAAAGAUGAAAGAAGUCUAAGGAGCAACUCCUCCAUGAACCUGUUGGAUUUCCCUUCUGUCUCUAUUGUGGCACUGAACAAGAAAUCCAAAAAGAUCAGCAGAAAAGAAGCGGAGAAGAGAUCUUCCAAGAAAAAGGCUUCGAUGAAGAAGGUGGCACAGCCCCGGCCCCCGCGGCCUGCCCCCUGCGUGGCCAACCGCGACAGCUGCAAGCCUCCGGCGCUCGCCUGCUGCGACCCGUGCGCCUUCUGCCAGUGCCGCUUCUUCCGCAGUGCCUGCUCCUGCCGCGUGCUCAACCCCACCUGCUGAGCGCGCCUGCCUCCCGGUGGCUGGCGCGGCAGGGCCAGGUUCCCCAGACCUGGGGGACCCUCUGGGGCGCUUGAUCUCCAGUAGGUGUGGCUUCCUAGGAACGGGUGCGGGUGUGGCUACUGACGUUGGGGCGGAGCUUUCAGGAGGAGGGGCUUCAAGGAGACUGGGCGUGGGCUCUGCUAAAUUCCAAAUACACGCAGGCUGCUCGAA